AGAGAGGAGAGCUGGAGGAGAGUGGUGUGGGAGAAGAAUCUGAAAAUGAUUGAACUCCAUAAUCUGGAUCACACAUUAGGAAAACACAGCUACAAGUUGGGAAUGAAUCAGUUUGGUGACAUGACUUUUGAGGAGUUCAGACAACUGAUGAAUGGCUAUGCACACAAGAAGUCAGGAAGGAAGUACAGAGGAUCCCAGUUUCUUGAGCCCAGCUUCCUGGAAGUGCCACGAUCAGUAGAUUGGAGACAGAAGGGAUACGUAACUCCAGUUAAAGACCAGGGUCAGUGUGGCUCUUGCUGGGCUUUCAGCACAACGGGAGCUCUUGAAGGGCAGCACUUCAGAAAAACUGGCAAACUUGUUUCACUGAGUGAACAGAAUCUGGUGGACUGCUCUCGCCCUGAAGGGAAUCAAGGCUGCAAUGGUGGUCUCAUGGACCAGGCUUUCCAGUAUGUGCAGGAUAAUGGGGGAAUUGAUUCAGAGGAAUCCUACCCAUACACUGCAAAGGAUGAUGAAGACUGUCGCUACAAGGCAGAGUACAAUGCUGCUAAUGACACUGGCUUUGUUGACAUCCCUCAAGGACAUGAAAGAGCUCUCAUGAAAGCAGUAGCAGCUGUGGGUCCAGUAUCUGUUGCUAUUGAUGCAGGCCACUCUUCAUUCCAGUUCUAUCAGUCAGGUAUCUAUUAUGAACCAGACUGCAGCAGUGAAGACCUGGACCAUGGUGUUCUGGUUGUAGGUUAUGGCUUUGAGGGGGAAGAUGUAGAUGGGAAGAAAUACUGGAUUGUUAAGAACAGCUGGGGAGAGAAGUGGGGUGACAAAGGAUAUAUCUACAUGGCCAAGGACAGGAAGAAUCACUGUGGAAUAGCAACAGCUGCUAGCUAUCCACUUGUAUAAUUUGAAGACUGAACAUUUUGAUGCGAGAGGGGUUCUAAACUGAAUGACCAAACCCAUGUUCACACAUGUGGUAGACUUUUAUCCUUCAAAAGUCAACUUGAUUUUUUUAACUUUUGAAGUAUGUUUUACAUGUUGGUGACAUGCCACUUGUUUAAAUUAAUGUAAAUGUUGGUAUGUAAACAGCUUGUAAUAUUGCUGGCUUUUGACUGCUUAAUCUAAUAGAAUCCUCUUUGUAUUUUUUUCCUUUUUUAAAAUUUCAGUGUGCCCAAAGUUUACUUUUUAAAUAAAUUCUAGUGUGUACAGA